CUGUUAGAUGGGAGACGGAAGAGGCAGAGAAAGAGGGAGGCCCCCGUUGCUAUUAGAAACACACUUCCUUCAGUCCUCAGUCCUCAGUCCUCACAGGAUCACAGUUAAGGAGCGCCCUUUUGAUUUAAGAACUCAUCUCAGCAAGCAGAAAGAGGAGGAAUUAAGUAUAGUUUGGACCGUCAUCAUCCAACAACAUUGACUUGACUUCAGAAGAUAUGGCAGAUAUUUUUCGACCAUGAAUGCUGUCUCUGAAUUGAUAUGGCAGAGAAUCUCUGUCUAUCUCCCCUCAUUUUCGCCUGUAAAUUCUCCAGAUAAGUUGAUACAGGAGUAGGAGACCGCUAAAUUUGGUUGCUGAAGACUUGGGAAGCGGCGAUGGCAAAGAAAAGAGGCUGGUUUUCUUUUGUGAAAAGACUUUUUAUUCCAGAGACGAAACCAAAGAAUGAGAAGAAAUCAAAUAGAUUGGGAUGGAUAUUUGGAAGGCUCAAGUUCAAACAGUACCCUGAAAUUGCGGCACCCCAGAAGACACUGAGUGAGGCAACAGAAGAACAGAGAAAGCGUGUCCUUGCUGUUGCUAAUGCAACCGCAGCUGCAGCAGAGGCGGCAGUUGCUGCUGCCAAUGCUGCAGCUGAGGUUGUCAAGCUCACGAAUCUCCCUCGUGAAGUUGAAAGGAGGAGAAGAAACUUGGCUGCCAUCAAAAUUCAAAGUUCAUAUCGUAGACAUUUGGCAAGGAAAGCGUUAAGUGCAAUGAAGGGACUUGUGAAGCUUCAAGCAGUGGUACGUGGAGAAAUUGUGAGAAGAAAAGUUGUCCCCAGAUUGAAAUGUUUGCCAUCACUUGCAAAGACAGAGCUACAAAUGUGUCGAAUUCGAGUUCCACUUUUCGAUAAAGAUCUUACUGAUGGGGAAUGGAUGCAAACUCUUAGCCCCAAAAGAAGUGUGAAAUUUGAAGAACUAAAACUUCAUGGCAACAGAAACAUGAGCUGGGAUUUGAGCUUGGUAACAAAGGAAGAAAUGGACGCCUUGUGGUUCAAGAAGCAAGAAGCUACUAUGAAAAGGGAGCGCAUGAAGAAAUACUCAUAUUCACAUCGGGAGAUUAGAAAUGAUCAAAUCCUACAAGAAUCAAUGAAGAAAGAAAAUGGAAGGCAUAGCAGCCGAUUUAAUCAAUGGAAUGAAGUCAAUCUUUUGGAAAGAGGAGAAAAAGAAAGAUCACGAUCAUUUGCACAUCCAAAUGUUUUUGCGGGUGACACAGAUAAAAUUAGACAACUCAAACUGAAAAGUAGUGCAAGCAAGCAGGAUUCAACAGAACCAGUUAUCAAUUCCCCCUUUUCACUACCAAGGAGGUCAUUUUGUCAUGUAAAACAAAAAUCAAUUGGAGAUGACAGCUCUUUACCAAAUUCUCCUAUGUUCCCAACUUACAUGGCUACGACAGAAUCUGCAAAAGCAAAGACCAGAUCUGUGAGCACACCAAAACAAAGGCUUUUGUUAUCUGAAUCAUUCUCAGGUCAGCAUUCUCCAUACAAGGUCAGGCUUUCUUCAUGGCGUUCACUCAAUGGAGAAAUAAACAACUGUAAUAGAAAGAGUGGCAUUUUUCAGCCGCCGCAAACAAAUUCGAGAGCAUUUCGUUGGGAUUAAGAAUUCCAGGUCUAUGUCCCUUGUCUUAUGGUGAAGGCACAGGAGAAUGCUGAAGAGCUUCAAGCAACUUUAUUCUGGUUACUCAGCAGUUUAUGACAGACUGUAGUCAAAUCCUUCACUUUCUAAAUGAUAUAACUGAGUUUCCCAGCUUGAGCAGUUAAUGUUGAAUGGCCACAAGAACGACUGCAUUAUGGUUUUCUUCAUGAACUGGAUGUAUAGGGCAUUUACAUGUGUACAUAUUUACAAGCCUUAGUCCCCGCUUUUGUCUUCUUUUUUUUUUUUAAUUUUGGUUGACCUCAAGAGGGUGUUAUUGUUCCUUUCAAUAAUUUCUUAGUUUUGAUCAAAUUUUGAAGAAUCGACACUCGACUGUUAUUUGUGCCGCGAGCAUUUUUAUUGAAAAGUUUUGAUGGA